GCUUGCUACUGCACAUCCUAGCUCGCCAUCCCACACUACAAAAUCAGUUUCAUCUCUCCUUCAGACUCGACGCAACAUGUCCUCGACCAACACUCACCCUUCGCUUUCUCUCGUUUCUACCUCUAAUGCGCCUGCGGCUGUGGGUCCAUACACCCAAGCUAUAAAGCUCGGCGACCUCCUGUUCCUGUCAGGCUCGCUUGGAAUCGAUCCCGCUGUUGGCAAGCUCGUGGAUGGCGGUGUUGAAGCUCAAGCUGAACAGGCACUUAAGAACUUGAAGGCUGUGUUGGAGGCGGGUGGGAGUGAAUUGGGCAAAGUCGUUAAGACCACUGUCUUCUUGGCUUCGAUGGAUGACUUUGUCCCUGUGAACACAAUCUACGCGAAGUUCUUUGGUAACCAUAAGCCAGCCCGAUCUGCUGUCCAAGUUGCACGCCUCCCUCUGAAUGCCUUGUUCGAGAUAGAAUGUAUUGCUAGUCUCAAGGACUAGUGUCUUCUUGAUUGGCGGUUAUAAAACUUAGGGUCAAGAUAUAUCAGCAAUGUAUAUACCACAGUGUACAACACGAUUCCGGGUACCAUGUACAGGCUGCCUGCAGGUCAUGUACUGAAAUGCUACAAUGAAGUUUCG